AUGAAGCCGAGCUUUUUUAGCCAAACUCUGCCCUUGUGGAUUCUGCGCGGUGUGACUGCGGCAGACAUCCUGGAGCAGUGGAUCCACCCACUGGAACGAGAGCCCUUCUUCAACGAUGUCUUCGAAAGGACCUGGGCGCACUUCCCCCACCCGGAGCCUUUGGUGCCGAUCACCUUGGACCACGUGGUCGAGUGGAUCCGAAGCCAAGGCAGUUCUCAGGAGGUCCUGGAGCUCCUGAGGCACCCGGUGACCCAGAAGUCCUUUCGCCCCUCUCCGACGGCUACCAGCAGCCUUCAACAGGUCUCCGAGGCCUUCAUGCAAGGCUUUUCCAUGGUCAUCAACUCUUUGCACAAGUGGUCGGAACCCGGGGCUCGCCUGGCGAAGCAACUUUAUGCUGCCGCCUACCUUCCCGUGGACGUCUACAUGUACCUCACCCCUCCCCACUCACGCAGCUACGGCCUUCACUCCGACGUGAUGGACGCCUUCAUGGUGCAGCUGUCAGGUCGCAAAGAGUGGACGGUCUGCGACGUUCCCAGCUGGAUGGCUCCGCGGCAGCCGCCCGACAAAAUCCUGAAGAACUUCAAUGUUUCGUGUUCCAAUGUCACUUUGCAAGGCGGUGAUGUCAUGUACCUUCCUUUCGGCACCUUACAUCAAGCGAGCACCGACUCGGACUUCUCCAUGCACUUGACGGUGAACUUGGAACGGCAGUUUUAUGUCUGGCAGGCCAUAUUCCUUGCAAUGAUCCACAAGGCCCUGCAGCCAGGCCUGCGCAUCAAGAAGUUCGCCUUCGGCAAGGACUUCCAGCCAGACGACGACGAGCUUCCUCUGGUUGCUCUUCUUUCACAGCUCACGGCCUCCGUCCCUGAGAUGGCCCGGGUGCCGGGCUUCAGCAUUUCGGGCACUUCCGAAGUGAAGCUCUUGACGUCUCUCUGCAACCAGGACUUGCCGGAGGAGUACCUUCCGCUUCUGACGGCGGAGUUCCGGGAUCUGACCACCCGCCUUGAGACGGCGGCUUCCAAGAGCAAGAAGCACCAGAGCGUGAAGGUACGGGGGAAAGCCGUGUCGAUCCUCGAGACCUUGAAAAAGCUGAAGGAGGAGGAGGCUCAUCUCUUGUGGGCCCUGGAUCUCGCCCGGUUUCAUUCCAUGAAGCACAACUCGGUGAUGGCCGAGGCGAACCCGCUGCUCUCUCUGUCGAAGGCCCGCUCCAAGGAUCCCCAGGCCUUCCUCGGCCUCCCACUGUCCCAGUUCCCCCAGAAGGCCCUGCAGGGCCCUGAGGGGAGCCCUCGAUUAAUGCGGGCCCCGCAGCUGCGGGCGGUGCUCCUUUCCGAGGAGAACGCCACGAAGCUCUGGGUGAACCAGGAGGCCUUUCAGCUGCACCCAGAGGAGAUCCCAGCCGCGCUCUUCUGCUUGGGGCUCUUUGCCCCUGAGAACACCUCCAGCCUGGGCCGACCCUUCCGCUUGGAAGACGUGCCCACCCCGGCCACGGCUCUCCUCCCGAAGCUCAUCGGCCUCGGCGCCCUGCUCUUGAUCUAA